AUGUACAGCAGAGGCAUGGGCAGGAGAGGCAUGUACAGCAGAGGCAUGGGCAGGAGAGGCAUGUACAGCAGAGGCAUGGGCAGGAGAGGCAUGUACAGCAGAGGCAUGGGCAGGAGAGGCAUGUACAGCAGAGGCAUGGGCAGGAGAGGCAUGUACAGCAGAGGCAUGGGCAGGAGAGGCAUGUACAGCAGAGGCAUGGGCAGGAGAGGCAUGUACAGCAGAGGCAUGGGCAGGAGAGGCAUGUACAGCAGAGGCAUGGGCAGGAGAGACAUGUAUAGCAGAGGCAUGGGCAGGAGAGAAUUUCACCUCCGAAGACCUCACACGCCACGUUUGCCUCUCGGCCCCGCCCCUUCCUACUUCCGUGCCAUCUCUGAUUGGCCCUGGCGUCUCCCUGAUAAUUACCCCACUCCGUCUCCUCUCCACCACAAUUAG